CAUCUCUCUCUCGGAAAGCCACAGUUCCAUUCGGCGUCUCUCUCUGUGACCGCUUGCCUCCGUCGUGCUCAAGAUUGGGUCUGAGUUUGAAGGUUUUCCUCUGCGAUUCUGAGUUUGAGGGUUUUCUAUCUUCGUGAAAGCCGAUCGCCCAAAGCUUUUUGGUUCAGUAUUUGAGAGCGAGAGGAAGGAGAAAGUGAAAUGAACAAAAUAAGGUACGGGUUGAACCUGAGGCUCUUAGCACGUAAGAAGCAGCAGCAGCCAUCAAAACUGCCCCGGCCGCCUCCUUUUGGAUUUAACAAUGAGAAUGAAGAUGAUGUGGAGAGGGAUAUUUCUCGGCAAGCUAGCAAGAACAAGUCUCUAAAGGAUAUUGAGGAGCAGCGGAAGAAAGCUUUGGAAGAGGACCCCACGGUUUUUGAUUAUGAUGGAGUUUACGAUGAAAUGAAAGAGAAAGCUGUUCAGCCUCGAGUGCAAGACCGUGAAGAGAGAAAGUCAAGAUAUAUUGAGAUUUUGAAAGAAAAAGCAAAAGAACGUGAGCAGUACCGUGAGGUAGUGUUUGAGCGAAAAAUUGCUAAAGAGAGAAGCCAAGAUGACCACCUCUAUGCAGACAAGGACAAAUUUGUCACGCAUGCUUACAAAAAGAAACUUGCAGAGCAGGCAAAGUGGCAGGAGGAUGAACGUUUGCGUGAACUUCGGGAAGCAAAGGAGGAUGUUACAAAGAAGAAGGACUUGAGCGAUUUUUACUUCAACCUUGGAAAAAAUGUCGCUUUUGGUGCGAAUAAUACUGAGUUGAGGAAACCAGAGAAGCGGGUUGAGUCAAGGAAGGCUGAGAGACAACCUGAGUCAAGGGAGCUAGAGAAGCUUGAAGAAAAAGGCUCCAUUGAUACAUCAGAUAAAGGUCAGACAUCGGAUAAAUCAAAUUCACCUUUGGAGGCUUCAGUUGUGGAAGAAAAACGUGGAGGUGAAACUUCCACUCUGCCUAGAAGCUUCAUGUCCUCAGAUGCAAUGCCAGUUACCAACACUUCAGUUGAAGAAAAAACUUCAGGUGAACAACCAUCGUCAGAAGAGCCAAAGCCUAACCAUCAUAAGAGAAGUGGAGAUGCUGUUGCUGCAGCAAAAGAACGCUAUUUGGCACGGAAGAGGGCUAAAGAACAGUAAAACCUCUCUCUCUGAGCAUGUCAUGUGAGUUUUAAAAUCCAAAACACAAGUUCUUCUCACUGUAAUCUGGAACCUGGUGAAGCAUUCUCUCAUGAUCAGAUUCUGUGUCUGUUCAUCUUGGCCUUCCCAUAUGGGUAGAUAAAAUUGGUCUGAUAGUUUUAUGAUUGAUUUGAUCUCUCAAGUAUCAGGCUCAGCAAUCAAGGAAGAACAUAAAAGGCCAAGAUCUUGAUCUCUGAUGUUAAUGCUAAAACAGAUUGUAUUUAAGCAGCAUAGGAAACAUCUUGAAGCCAGUGACCUAAGAUCCAUCAUCAUAUUUAGAAUGUUAUGUAUAUUUUUAAACCCGUGUGAAGCCAAAUAUUAUAUAUGUAUCCAUUGGUCUCAAUUUGAUUCA